AUGGACGAGGAACAUCUCCACGAUGACCUGCACAUCUUUAAAGACAGAAGCUUCUUCCAGCAGAAGCUGAGGUCCUUUCUCACGAUCUACCUUCUGCUGGCGCUCUCCUUCUUGCUGAUGAUCACCCUGUUUGCGGUGUCGCUCUCCAGAGUUUCUGCCGUCUCUUCUAAACUCAACGAGGUGCACACAGAGAAGAAACUGAACUUUUCCAACAGGGAUUCCCUCUUGUUUCCCUGCGGACCUGAAGCCAGGGAGUGGGAAUACUUCGAUGGCAAAUGCUACUACUUCUCCAUAGACAGAAUGAGCUGGUACAAGGCAAAGACCCAGUGCGAGGAGAUGCACUCGCGCCUGGCCAUCAUUAACAGCUUCGCCAAGCAGAAUUUUGUCAUGUUCAGGACAAGGAAUGAGCGCUUCUGGAUUGGGCUGACGGACGGGAACUCGGAAGGGGAGUGGGAAUGGAUCGACGGGACCGACUACAAGAGCACGUUCACAUUCUGGAAGGAGGGCGAGCCCAACAACAGCGGCAACAACGAGGACUGCGCCCACGUCUGGACCUCUGGGCAGUGGAACGACGUCUACUGCACCUUCGAGUGCUACUACCUCUGCGAAAAGCCUGUGCCCAACUGA